GCUGGCGUUAGCCAAUAAGAUUUCAGUGAAAGUGGAGAAGGGAAGAGUUCCCAUAUACGUCUUAGCUGACGUAAUGUUGAGUUACCGCCUCGAGAGGGAACUGUUUUUCUCCCCUCUCACAAAAGCUGGACUGAAGUGACCAAGAGUUAUUUUUGAGGAAAAACAUGCAAGUAUAACUUAAACUAUUCUUAUUUUUCAAAGCGUCUCUUCUUCCUGACAAAUAACGUUACCUUUCUGUGGACUUUGAUGUGGUAUGCAUUUUUCACUCGGAUUUUCUCGCAUUUUUCUAUUGCAUAACGUCGUAAAAGUGGAUUUUGAGUUUUUUAAAAACAGAAACAAUAACUAUUCAAUAUCCUUGACUUGGAAGAAAUCGAAUUCGAGACUUUCUGAAUCUUGUUUUGGCAUUAUUUUGCACUAGCUUCCGGCUAAAGAGCGACUGAAAUGAAGAUGUUUGAUCAUAUCCAGUUACUGUAAAUGACACGAUGAACUCCAGUCGCGUCCUUCCUCAAGCACCGCAGGCCCAGGCGGCAUCUGCCCCUGCUGCCCCCGCAUCCUCUCCGCCUUAUGAAGGCAUCGAAAUGGAAAAAAUGCAUCAUGAAGAAGUGGGCCUUGGAGUGCCCGAUGAGAGCACCUCUCCACCCACCUCCAGCUCCCGACGGGCAUGGAGCCGGGAUAACCCAGGAUUCGAACCGGAGGAAGGGAUGAUGGAAGCGGACUGGCCCCCGGCGAGCCCCGGCCGGCGGUCUGUAUCCAAGGCGUCCAGCAGCGGCAGCGGACCCGGGAGCUUCUCUGGCGUCAGUGCGCGGAUCAACAGAGGACUGUAUCCAACUCCACCAGCACAAGAACACCGCAGCUGUGGGAAGAGGAUUCUGGAGAAAAUGAGAGUGCUGUGGGACACUCGUCUUUUGGGUGAGAGCAACAGUAACAGAGAGAUGUACCUGAAAACCGUCCUUCGAGAAAUGAUUACCUACAUCCUCUUUCUGGUCACCCUCUGCAUAUUAACCUAUGGAAUGGUGAGCUCCAACAUGUACUACUACACCAAAGUCAUGUCCCAACUCUUCCUGGAUACACCACUGGCAAGCGGAGAACCCACGACCUUCAAGACCCUUUCAACCAUGGAGGACUUCUGGAGAUUCACAGAAGGCCCCUUUCUUGAUGGCAUGUACUGGGAGUUGUGGUACAACGGCAAGAGCCUGCCAGAAAACCAGAGUUUGAUCUACUACGAGAACCUCCUGUUGGGUGUCCCACGUCUCCGACAACUCAAAGUACACAAUGAGUCCUGUUCUGUCCAUGAGGACUUGCGGGAUGAAGUUUACGACUGCUACAGUGUCUAUUCUCCUUCCAAUGAGGAUAAGUCACCGUUCGGACCGAAAAAUGGCACAGCGUGGAGAUACUCAGAGGAGAGCAGUCUGGGUGAGAGCUGCUACUGGGGUCAGGUGUCGACUUAUGGUGGUGGAGGUUACUACCAGGACCUGUCACGCACUCGAGAGAAGUCAGCCAGUCAACUGCAGGAGUUAAAAAACAACCUCUGGUUGGAUCGGGGCACUAGAGCAGUGUUCCUGGACUUCUCCAUCUACAAUGGCAAUGUUAACCUGUUUUGUAUUGUCAGGUUGCUGGUGGAGUUUCCAGCCACAGGGGGCGCUAUGACCUCCUGGCAGUUCCAGACAGUGCGUCUCAUCCGAUAUGUGUCCAGCUGGGACUACUUUGUGGGGAUGUGUGAAGUGGCCUUCUGCCUCUUUGUGCUGUAUUACCUGGUGGAAGAAGUUCUAGAGAUCCGCCUGCAUCGUUUGCGUUACUUCAAGAGCCUGUGGAACUGCUUGGAUGUUGUCAUUGUUGCACUCAGUGUUCCAGCCAUCAUUAUGAACAUCUGCAGAACUUCAGCGGUCAGUCACAGACUUCACUUCCUGCUGGAGAACCACAACACAUACCCCAACUUUGAGCCGCUUGCUCGCCUUCAGGUUCACUUCAACAACCUGGCUGCCGUCAUUGUCUUCCUCUCAUGGGUGAAGCUUUUUAAGUUUAUUAAUUUCAAUAAGACCAUGAAUCAGCUGUCCACCACCAUGUCACGCUGUGCCAAGGACCUGAUGGGCUUCUCUAUCAUGUUUUUCAUCGUGUUCCUGGCCUACGCUCAGCUGGCGUAUUUAGUGUUUGGAACUCAAGUUAACGACUUCAGCACCUUUCAGGCCUGCAUUUUCACACAGUUCCGGAUCAUUCUUGGAGAUUUUGACUUCUCAGAAAUCGAGAAGGCCGACAGCGUGCUGGGACCGAUUUACUUCACCACCUUUGUGUUCUUCAUCUUCAUGAUUUUACUGAAUGUGUUCUUGGCCAUCAUCAAUGAUACUUACUCUGAGGUGAAAGCUGACAUGGCCCAGCAGAGGUCAGAGAUGGAAUUCACAGACCUCAUCAAGAAGGGCUAUAACUGGGCGAUGGUCAAACUCAAGCUGAGGAAGACCUCCAUCAAUGACAUCCCAGACAGUUUACACCAGGCUGCAGGCAAACUCAGCUUUGAUGAGCUCCGACAAGACCUCAGAGGAAAGGGCCAUUCGGAUGCUGAGAUUGAAGCCAUUUUUGCCAAGUAUGACCUUGAUGGAGAUCAGGAACUGACUGAACACGAGCACCAGCAAAUGAGAGAUGACUUGGAGAAAGAGAGAGAGGACUUGGAUCUGGAGCACAGUUCGCUGCCCAGGCCAGUGAGUGGGCGGAGCUUCUCUCGUAGCCAGGAUGACUCGGAGGAGGAUGAUGAUGAGGACAGUGGACACAGCUCUCAUCGCCGUGGCAGCAGCUCAGGAGGCGUGUCAUACGAGGAGUUCCAAGUGCUCGUGCGUCGAGUGGACCGCAUGGAGCACUCCAUCGGCAGCAUCGUUUCAAAGAUUGAUGCCGUUAUCAUGAAGUUAGAGGUCAUGGAGAGAGCCAAGAUGAAGAGGAGGGAUGUGCUUGGACGGAUCCUGAAUGGAGUCAUGGAGGAUGAGAGGUUGGGCCGGGAUCCAGAGCUGCAACGAGAGCAAAUGGACCGGCUGGUGAGAGAAGAACUGGAGCGCUGGGAGUCUGAUGACACCAUGGCACAGGUGAGCCACCGUCAGGCCACUCCCAUCAUCCCAUCUGCUCAGCUCCAUCCACGCAGUGCCCGCUCACCCUCCUCGCUGUCCAAUGAGGGCCCGGAUGGUACGGCCAGUGGGGCUGCCCAUGUGUGAAGGGUUUUGAUUGUAAAAACAUCCCUACAGAUCAUGAAGUCCACAAUUUGCUCUCCAGUGCCACGUUUGGUGCAGUGCACUGGACAAAACAUACUUAAACGUCUUAAAGAACCACCUCAAAGCCAAAGCAGUAGAGUUAAAUAGUCCUGCAAAAAAGCUAUUCAUUUGGAUUUCUUUAUAUUAAAGUUAAAUGGGGCUUUAUAAUGCAAAAAUUAAGAUAAAUGGUUUUUAUGCGACCAGGAAGUUCUAAAACAGUUUCACUAUUAAUGAAAAUACAUUUUUGAGGAUAUAAAGGGAAUUCAAUUUUAAGGUCAGUCAGUGGCCGCUUAGCUUUGGUUUGCUUGUAUUAACUAGGUACAAUUAAAUGCAUUUUCAAAUUGACGUACAUUUAGCUUUUUUCCAGCAAUCUUAGCUAUGAUCACUUCUAUUCAGUAUAUUAUUUCUCAUUCACUGCAUGCAAUGGUCCGUUUUCAUUAAAUUACUAAUAACAUCUAACCAAAAAAUUCAAGUAAAUUCUAUGUGAACCUGAUAACUAAAAUCACCUCGCCAGCAGCUGGUUAGAAGAAGCCAAUGCAAAAAUGGCUAAGAACAUGUGUUUAUCACGUUUGUUCAUAUGUUUAUAUUUUAUAUCCGAUUUUUUGUACUGUAUCUUGCUAUAAUUGAAUGCACUGCUUACGGUUUGGUUGAAAUCCAGUAUACUUAGACCCCAAUAUGACCCACAGUAUUAAAGUCAUCAGUAUUGAAGAAACCAGUUGGAAAGCUUACACUAAUUAAUGUAAUGAAGGAAAUAAUAUUCAACAAGGAUCAGUAUCUUUAUAAAUAUACGUGUGUGUGUAUAUAUAUAUAUAUAUAUGAUGGAACAGAAGAAAUGUAUGAAAACAGCUAUUCAAAAAACAGAAGUAUAAAGCAUCUUUGAUAUGAAAAGUAAACAAUUAAAAUGCUCAAACAAUGAAGGUGCUCACACAAUGCUUUGUUAAUGAGCUUUUGUGAGAUUUUCACUCCGUUUAUAGUUUGCUUUGCAUAUUUUGCAGUUCACAUCUCAUUUUAAGUGUGGCAUGUUUUGUUAAACAUAUAUACUUGCGUUUCCUUUUUAUAUAAUUAUGAUUCUUAAAUCAUUUUGAUACUUUUUUUAUUUUUAAACAAACUUCAAUUUGGAGUGCAUCUGAUUUCAUGGGAAACCCAUGUGUAUUUGUCUCAAGGUAGGAUUUACAAAGCUUUUCACAAUUCCCUAAAUGUAAAGUGUAGAAUUUCUGCACAACUAGCAUCAACAAACUGCUGAAAUAAUGGUUUACAAAGAAUGUGUAGAAAUAUACGGUCAAACAGGUUAUGUUAUGUUGUUAUGUUAUGUUGGGUCGCUCAAACAAAUCAGUGUUUGGUGCUGCUAGAGAAGUAGAAAUUACACACUUUUUCCUGAAAACUUAAUAAAAAUGUUAAAAACUGUCUUUUUCAUUUGUGCAAUUACCUUUGUAACUUUGUAUGGUACUCUGUAAUUGGCAGAAUGUUAUUUACAGUUUAAUAUAACAAUCAAAAUAAAAAAUAACAUCUACUCAAA